UAGGUUUGAUCAAACCCAGAUCUGGGUUCUUUCAACCUAGUAAGGACAAUUGAUGGCAUGUCCAUUUCGGCCAAGUACUUGAACAUCUCGAAGCUUUCACAGUAUCGAAAAGAGAUAAGGAAGUCAUCAGCACUCUUCCUCUGUAAACCUCUUCUUCAAUGGCAUUUUUGCCACCGUCUUCAAGGUGCGUCUUCAAAUGCUACUGCUGUGGAAUCCACCAAUGGCGCACUCUUUGCCUCUCGAAAUGAGGAUUCCACUUCAUACGGAAGACAGUAUUUUCCUUUAGCUACCGUCGUUGGCCAGGAUGCCAUUAAAACUGCACUUUUGUUGGGAGCUAUUGAUCGCGAGAUUGGAGGAAUUGCUAUAUUAGGAAGAUCCAUCCUGCCCUGAUGAGUGAGACUCACUCUUUUCUUUUAGUAUAGGAUUUUUGUUAUCAUUGAUGAAAUUCAUGGUACCAGAUAGAAAAUUUAGGAUUUUUGUUAUCAUUUUGGACUGGGUUUUUCUAAGCUACCAACCUUGAUUUUCUCUUUUUAAGCUUUCCUUUUUUUGGGUUUUUAACUUGUUUUUGAAAUUGCAUUCCAUUUGAGAACCCAACGUAAAAGGAAAGGGAUUUUUCAUUUUUGUUUUUUUUUUUGGUUUUUGGUUUAGGAAAACUCAGAUCUAGAUUGAAAACCUAACAAAUUUGAUUUGGGAUU